AUGGAAAAGAUAAAAAUGCCCACCUGCAAAUACUCCGGAAAGACAGACCCAACGAAUCACCUCUCUGCCUUUGGGGGACACAUGAUGCUAUAUACCAACACAGACUCUAUGUGGUGUAAGGUCUUUCCUUCCACUCUAGAGGGGAUGGCACAGAGCUGGUUUGGUAAAAUACCCAAAGGCACCAUAACAUCUUUCCGGCAGCUAGCUAUCUUGUUUCGCACCCAAUACGUGGCAAACAUUGCCAGAGAAAGGAUGACAGGGGAGCUGAUGUCAGUCAUCCAGGGGCCUCAGGAAUCUCUGAGGGAAUACAUAUCCAGAUUCAAUAUGGAGGCGUCGAAUAUACCCAAGUUGCAGCAAGAGGUAGCAGUCCUGGCCAUGAUGACUGGUCUGCGGGAUGGAGAGUUCAAGAGUUAUAUGGGCAGAAAAUCAUUCACAACCCUGACAGAGGUACUGGGAAAGGCAAAUGAAUUUAUAAAGAGUGAAGAAAUUGGCAGAGCAACUUCACGUCGAUAUGUGGCAAGUGAGAACAAUUACGGUAGUCAGAGCAAGAAAGAGCCAUACAAAAAAGAAUACCCAGACAGAAGAGAAAACCCACAGCCAAGAAGAGACUGGCAGGGACCAGGCAGAGGCAAAGGUAACGAAUUCAAAACUGAAAAAAGGGGGAAGUUUAAUGAGUAUACCCCCUUAGUGGCAUCCAGAACUCAAAUUUUUGCCAUCAGCAAAGAAGACGAGAAGUGGCAGAGACCUCCCAAAAUGUACAACAAGUACAGGGACCCAAAAAAGUAUUGUGACUUUCACAGAGAUCAUGGCCACCUCACAGAAGAAUGCACUCAUUUGAAGGAUAAUAUCGAAGAUCUGAUCCGGAGGGGAUACUUGACUCAAUUCAAAGCAAAAAGCUCGUAUAGCAGGACCUAUGAGAACAGAGAUAAUGAUAAUAGGUCCGACAAUAAGAAGGCGGAACCCAAGCAAAGAUAUCCAGCAGACCAAAAGAGAAUGGGCGACAUUUUGGUCAUAACAGGAGGGCCAGUUUACGCAGGAACCACUGUUAGCGGGGCCAAGGCCAGUGUGAGCGAAUUCAAACACUAG